AUGGCGUGGGACGGAAAUGUUGCUGCCAUAUGUGUUAGAAGCGGCGUUCAACUUGAAAACACAAUUGCUAUAUGCGCGUUUGUGGCGGGUGGAGUGCCAAUUGUGUCGAUUCCCGUGAGACUGACUGAUGUUCUGCACAACGGGCAACGAACUGAUGUGGUGUCGCUGAUAUCUGCGUUGUACCACAAACUUUUGUGGCGCCAUGCGCGGCUCUGUCACCUCCAUUUGCACGCAUGUCUGCUGGUACUUGCCAGCCACUGCCCUUGCGCCUACAGGAUGAUAGCAGGAACAUUUGGAUCCACAGUGGUAUUCCAACAGCAUAUGUUCGCAUCAGAAAAUCCCAACAGUGGACAGGCUCGAGUGGCAGGAUGUGGGCACCAGUGGCAAGAACAUCUUUUGGAGCGAACUUGA